AUGGUGCCAAAGGAUGUACCACUGCACUUCAUAUGCGAGUCCGACUCGUUAGGUACUGUUCUAUGCAAUGAGCUUGAUCGAUGGGAAGGAGUAGACUGGAGAGGUAUCAGUAACAGAGAGGCCUGGAAAGCCAUCACUAAUGUCCUAAGGCAACGAUGUGCGGUAACAACGUUCCGAAAAGCCAACAGCAAGACUGAAUGGGAUCUAAUGGAGAGAGGUAGAUCGGUAGCAACACAACUAACGAGAAUAGGAACACUCCACAUAAUAACACCGCUGACUGACCCGCGGUUCAACCUCUCCGGCGUAAAGAUUCUGGACCUAUCACAACGCCUAGCAUACAGGAUCAUCAGGAGCAAGAAGGCAAUUUACAGGAAAGCUACGCAACGCAACCUAGACUCAAUCAUUGAGACCCUACGAAGGUGUGACAGACACGAGACAUCUGCACAAGAAAUAUGGAUUAGCCUUAAAUCUAAGGACCUACGCAAGAACGUAGCAGACUUUCUGUGGAAAUGUGUACACAACGCGCACAGAUGUGGUACAUUCUGGAAGAAUAUACAAGGGUAUGAGGACCGAGUCGAAUGCACAUACUGCGGCGUACCUGAAACGAUGAAACACAUCAUGACUGAGUGCCAAGCACCUGGACGAGACGUCAUAUGGGACCUAGCAGGCACCCUAUGGAACAAGAAGCAGGCAGAAUGGACCCGCCCAAGCUACGAAGAAAUCAUAGCGGUCGGCCUAAAGGAAUGGUACACCCCCAAGUUGAAGAGGCGACCCCUAGCAGAACGAUUCUGGAGGAUAAUGAUAUCAGAAUCAGCGUAUAUGAUAUGGUGCUUACGAUGCGAAAGAACGAUAAGACAUGAGCCUGACCAGAACUGGGUCCACACGACGCGCGAAAUCUCUGCAAGAUGGUCAAUGACAAUGAAUCGACGCCUCCACCUAGAGAUGGCAAUGACGCACCGAAGAUACGGUCGGCUCGCUCUGAAAAAGGAUACAGUCUUAGGAACCUGGAGAGGCACCCUAGCUGACGAACACGCCCUCCCUGACGACUGGACGGGCGUGAAUAGGGUUUUAGUGGGUAUUGCACCCUUCGUGAGCGACGCUCAGGGCGAAGGAUGA